CUGGAGAUGCUUGCUAGCGGAAGCACAGAGAACCAACAGUGCUUAUACAUUUGGGCAGGCUACUGUCAGUCUAGACCUUGCGCAGUAAAGCGCACUUUUUUGUCCGGGGGUUAUUUUGCAUUUCAGGAGGGGACUGUCAUCCAGGACGGAUUGGAUACAAGUUAGUAAACGUGCUCUGGCUAAUGUGAGAUUUUCGUCCGCCACUUGAAACAAGAACAACAGCAAUGGGAUCAUUUCGAGUGAUAAUAGGGAUUUUACAUUAUAUGGGACUCUAUAGUCAACUUAACGCUGCUUCCAAACCGGCUGUGCCCGCAGAGGUGGACAAUCAUAUAUCUGGAAAUGCUGUCUUCACGGAGGUUCCUCAUGACAUCACGACGCAGAGCGGUCAGGACGUGGAGAUGGCCUGUUCGUUCCGGGGGGCGGGCCCCUCCUACUCCCUGGAGAUCCAGUGGUGGUACAUGAAGAACCACAGAGACUGGCCAGAGAAACCCACCUGGACCACCAAUCAGGUGGUUCCCAUGGAAAUGUCUAAAGAUGCCGCCAAAAUAAGUGUGGUAAAAGUGGCCGGGAGCAACAUCUCCCACAAGCUUCGUCUCUCCAACAUCAAGCGGUCGGACGAGGGCACGUACGAGUGCCGUGUCAUCGACUUCAGCGGCAGCGUUGCGCAACACCACCGCGUCCGGGCCUACCUGCAGGUGGAGGCUGAACGAAGCCUGGGCCACAUCUCAGCAGACAUCCUGCCUCAGGAGCCUCGGCACAGGGGACAGGGGAGUCAGGCGGACCUACACCAAACAGAGGGCAGGGAACUGAAGAGGCGUUCGGCCGAUGACAGCACCGCGGACUGCACUGAGAGCUGUGCGCUCUAGAGGUUAUUGUGUCCAGAUGGGAAGAACAGGAGUGCAUGUUCCCGAUUAUCAUAAGAAGGAUGAUUGUUUUAACACCCACAGAGAGGCCUGGACAAAAACAGGACUCUUUCUGCUUAAUUUAUAUGUUCAUUUAUGAAUCGAUUUGUUUGGCCUGUUUGUUUGUCUUACAUUUAUUUAUGAUUGUUUGGAUUAGGAUUGUCAGAGACCACCAGAGGGCAUGAUCGUACGUUAUCUUGGUUCUCAAUGUAAUGUUAUUUCUCGCUGCUUUCGUUAAAGCCCCAGUGCAGUCAAAAACGUGUUUUCCUGUGUUUUAUAUAUAUUUCCACACCAUGAGGUUUGAUUAAUACUGUGAAAUUGUCAAAAUGAUGAUUGUGCCCUUUUAGUGUAAUAGCUGUUUGAAAAGAUUGACUGAAAUUUCUGCCUGUUUCGGUGGGAUGGAGUUUGGCCUGCAUUGUGACAUCAUAAUGGACCAAUAAGAAAGAGAUUUCCAGACCUCUCUGGCAGAUAGUUUCCCCUCUCCACUCGGACCACUCCCAAACAGUCCUAUCAACAUUCUUGGUUUAGAAAUUGCUCUUUGCUAAGAAACUAUUUUUGUUUAUUUUUUACAAUUUUAUUUGGAAACUAUCACAAUAAGUUACUUAAUUGUUACCCAAAAAUGAUUUGACAUUGAGAUAAAUAUGUCUGUAUUUGACCUUUAAAUGCUUUGUCCAUGAUUUCUGACUCUGGGAUUGUGAUGGGUGAAGAUGAGGAUAUUGUUGGCUGGAGAGGAGAUGGAGGUAAGGCCUGUGUCUCAAAAGUCUGAAUUUCCUUCCUUCCCGUGUCUCCUUUCCUUCUUAAGCACUGAUAUGAAAUGACUGGAAAGGGACAAGGCAAUAUAUUAGGAACCAAUCCAGAUCUUUCCCUAUCUGUAGUUAUAAAGUAAAGGAGACAAGGAGAGAAAAACACACCCCAUGAUAGAUUGAUUGGAUAGGGAGAUUUUGCUCUCAGUGAUGUAUACAUUGAAAUGCCUCGUUCCUCAGUGGUGUUUUAUGGAAAUGUAUGCCAAAAAAAGCUACAGUAUUUACAUGCAAACUACACUUUUUAUUUUAUCAAGGUCCGUGAAAGUACUUUUGAGAGUUGUUUUUUGGUUUGUACUUACACCCUUUCGAUAAAGUAAAAUGGAACUAUUUAAACCACUUCUAGAAUGUCUAAUGGAAAUCUAAACAUACAUGUAUGCCUUCAUUACUUGGAAUAAAUGGUAUAAUAUUGUCUUCACAAUACACACACACACACACACUUUUCCUAUCAACACCACACAAUUUAUUCAGUGCUAAGUAACCAAAUGAAUCAUAUGGCACAUAGUGGGUUGGCUUUCUGGACCCAGAUUAAGCCUGUGCUGGACGAAAAUGCACUUUCAAUGGAAAUUCCCCAUUGAGAAUGAUUUUUAGUCCUGGACUAGGCUUAAUGUGUCAGAGAAACCUCCCCAGAGUAUGUUAAUCCUUGCUUUUUUGUCAUUCUAUUUCCAACUAGUGUUGGGCUUUUUUGUGCAACUAUUUCAUCAGUAGAGUUAAAAUGACAGUUAAGGUAUGUUUUUUUCAACUCUUUUCAUGUUCGUCUUCUUGACAGUGUUUGUUCUUCAAUCUAAAUGCUGUUGUUUGAUAUCUAUUCUGUUAAAUACAUUAAUUUGAUGGGAAACCUUUGGUCUUUAGAUGAUUUAUUUGAUUGUUUCAGUUAAAGUACUGUUAUGUCUGCGUGAUCUUCUGUCAGAGGAAAAAAAGUAAUUCACAGAAAUCAAAACAUUUGAACUUGAUGGUUGAUGAAACAGUUGAUUCUCAAUAGGCGGAGUGCGCUGUUUGAAAUGUGCGAAGAAAAGAUAGGUCUUAAAUGCACAACAGGACCCUGGAUGCU